UCCAACAUUUCCCAGAUUGGUUGCAGAAGCGAAGCGCGCGUCGACCGAGACGGGAGCCCCCCCUUGGUUCUGUCUUUUAUUGCUCCGGCACUGCAGCCAACUCAGGAUACCGACGUGGUAUAAAAGCGUUUUUUGAUCGCCUUGUCUUCACACGUUUCUCGUAUACACUCGUUUCUGAGUAGUAGGCGACUUGGGGAGGACGGUGGAUCGAUCUCAAAGUGUGCGAGGGGGUGUUGGGACUCGAACGCAACCGGACUAUACGCCGUGGAUUGACUUGGAGAGGUGGGGGGCGGAGGAGAAAGACCGCAGUAACACCAAACCGAACCUCAAAGAGAAGAUCUCUAGUGGAAAUACUGUGACUUUUUUUCCUUUUGGGAGCAAAUUGAACCCGAAGCGAGACUAUUUGGUAAAAAAUAGGAAUGUGUGGGAGCAGUGCGCCAAGGUGAUCCACCUUCUCCAAUGCGUCGGAUCCCGCGGUGCCCCCAUGGACAGCUAGAGCACCGGGGGUCUCGGAACAGCGGACGGCUUCUCAUCACCACUUUAUUAGGGACAUCUACCAGAAAUGCUGCCCUUCAUCAUCUUCAUCAGCCUCUUCCUCUCCGCGGCGGUCCGAGCCCAGGACACACAGCUCUCGGAAGCGAUGGCGGCGGCGGCCAUGUCCUCCGCCGUCUCCUCCCCGUCGUCGUGCGACGCGCUCUGCUCCUGUGAGGAGAAGGACGGCGUGCUCUACCUCAACUGCGAGCAGAGGAACAUCAGCAAGAUCUCCCAGAUCAAGGUCCCGCCCGACGUGCCGUUCCACCUCAACCUCUACAAGAACGACCUGGUGGAGCUCCACGCCGAGGAGAUGACGGGGCUGAAGAGCGCCCUGUCGCUGCACCUGGGCGCCAACAGCAUCCAGGAGCUGGAGCCGGGCGUGUUCGGCGCGCUCGGCGCCCUCAAGAAGCUCCACGUCAACAGCAACUUCCUGGUGACUCUGAAGGAGGACACCUUCCAGGGACUGGUGAACCUGGAGUACCUGCAGGCCGACACCAACUUCAUCCGGGUGGUGGAACCGGGCGCCUUCAACAAGCUGAUUCGCCUGAAGGUGCUCAUCCUCAACGACAACUCGGUGGAGUUCCUGCCCACCAACAUCUUCCGCUUCGUGCCCCUAACCCACCUGGACCUGCGGGGCAACAAGCUCCAGACGCUGCCCUACGUGGGCUUCCUGGAGCACAUCGGCCGCAUCAUGGAGCUGAUGCUGGAGGACAACGACUGGGUGUGCGACUGCGACGUGCUGCCGCUGAAGAUCUGGAUGGAGAACAUGCGGGCGCAGUCGGUCAUAGGGGAGGUACUCUGCGGCAGCCCCGACUACCUCCGUGGCAUCACCCUGGCCAAGGUGAAGCGCGACGUGCUCUGCCCGUCCCACGCGGACAUCAACCUUGAGGAGCCGUCCAAGUCGUUGGAUAUCGUGGUCACCCCCUCGUCCAAGGCGGAUCAGAUUCCCAAGGUGAUUGACGGCCGGGAUCCCACGUCGUCUCACCUUCCCGAGAGCCCGUGCGUGGAGCAGUGUUCCUGCCACAAUCACCCCGUGGCGGGGUUCCUGAUGCACUGUCAGGACAGGGGGAUUCAAAGGGUGUCGGAUAUCGGCAUUUUGCAGCAGAGCCCCACCAAGCUUGUAAUGACGGGAAACAUGAUUCAGAAGCUGCUGAAGUAUGACUUUGUCACGUACGAUAGCCUGGAGCUGCUCAACCUGGCCAACAACAGGAUUGAUUCCAUCGACAACGAGACCUUUCUCAGCCUGAGUGGGCUGAAGAAACUCUACCUUAACGGCAACCGCAUCGAGAAACUGUUUUCCACCAUGUUCGUGGGCCUCCACAACCUGGAGUUCCUGUAUCUGGAGUACAACCUGAUCAAGGAGAUUGCUCCGGGCACGUUCAAUCCCCUGCCGAAUCUGCGUCUGCUGUCGCUGAACAACAACCUUCUCAGCGCGCUGCCACCGCAGAUCUUCCGUAACGUGCCGCUGACCAAGUUAAACCUGAGGAAGAAUCUACUUAUGCAUCUGCCGGUGAGCAACGUGCUGGAUCAGCUCGAGUCACUGGAGCAGAUCUACUUAGAGGACAACCCCUGGGACUGCAGCUGCGACCUGCUCAGCCUCAAACAGUGGGUGGAGAAGCUACGCAAGGACACGGUGGUGGGCUCCAUCUUGUGUCACACGCCCAAGAAAAUGUCACACGCCGAGCUCCGCGAGCUCCGCCACGAGCUGCUCUGCCCCGGGCUGGAGGCCUUCAACGCCUCGCCGCCCGGGGGCCAGGAGAGCGCCACGGCGUCGCUCUGGCCCGCCGCGGGGCACAACGCCGGCGAGGGCGCCCGCGGCCUGCUGGAGUCGCUGACGGACACCGUCCCACUGUCGGUGCUCAUCCUCAGCCUGUUGGUCGUCUUCCUCACCAUCAUCUUCUGCGCGGCGGGGCUGGUGGUGUUCGUGGUGCACCGGCGGAGGCGGCGGCGGGCCAGGAAGAAGGCGGCGGCGUCGGGGUCCGACGAGCCUUCCCGCGGCGGGGAGAACAACAACAGCGGCAGCAGCCCCAUCCACCUGCACUACAGCAUGUACGGCCAGAAGACCACGCACCACACGCUCACGCAGCGCACCGGCUCGUCCUCGCUGUACGAGGAGCGAGCGCACAGCCCCGUCGUGCAGAUCUGCCGCAACCCCACCUACUGCGCCCAGCACAAGGAGCACGAGGUGGACGGCGGCGGUGACUACGGCCUGGACGACCUCGGCGGCAAGCAGCAGCCCCGCCACGUGUGUCGGGGCAUCAUGGAGCGGGAGAACACCUCCCCGCUCACCGGGAACCCCAACCCCCUGCUGCAGCACCCGAUGCACGUCGGGGGGCCCAAGUUCUGGCCGCCGACGCCCGGGGAGUGCCCGGCAGAGUUCAUGACCCUGGGGAACCCAAACUCCCUGUACCGGAACCUCCUGGAGAGGGAGAAGGAGCUGCAGCAGCUGGGCAUCACCGAGUACCUGCGGAAGAACAUGGCCCAGCUGCAGCAAGGCGGCGUGGAGAUGGGGCAGCAGGGGGCCGCCGCGCACCAGGAGGAGCUGAAGCUCAUGGAGGCCCUGAUGUACUCGCGUCCGCGCAAGGUCAUGCUGGAGCAGACCCAGAACGAGUACUUUGAGCUCAAGGCGAACUUGCACACGGAGCCGGAUUACUUGGAAGUUCUGGAGCAUCAAACCACGUUCAACUGACUUUAGGGGGACGGGACAAUAGACGAUGAGACGAAUUGAACAGCAACACAAAAAAGACGUAUAUAUAUCUAUAGAUCUAUAGAUGUGUAUAUUCUAUAACAAAACAAGUGCCUUGUCUAUUUUGUCCUCUAGUACUUUUUAGAAUAGUAGAACCUAUCUAUCACCCUAUCCACAUCUUGUAGCAGUUUUAAUCGUAGCACAGAAUGUAUUUGAUUCAUCGUCACGCUACCAAAUUAUUUGGGGGUUAUUAUGUUAAUUGUUUUAAUUUAUCUUCCGCUGACUGCGGUGAUAUGUAGCCCGUGACAGGUAUAGCAUUUGGACAACGUUUUUCUCCGCUCAAUUGCCUUUAGCGACUGAUAAACUGUCAUACUGCAGCAAAAAAUGGAAAUAUGUUUCUGAAAGUGCUGCUGCUUUUUUUGCCCAGGUUAAUACUCUCAAAAUUGGCAAAUUAAUUAAAACUGGCGAUUGGCUGAAAACUACACAGCAAUCGUUUUCUUUUCAUACCAUAUGAUAAUAUUGUUAUCAACGCAAACAAAUGGGUUUAAGGCAAUGUGUGUAUCGCAAGAUAUAACAUGGACAAAACAGGACAACAGUGAUAUUCCUCUGUGAAUACUAUUUUGUCAGCAACAGACAAUUCUUAUCCAUUUAAAAUCUUUGGGUAUUUCAUUUGUUUUAUUUCAUACCUGGUGGUAUUCACCAAAACUAUUGGUUUUCACUUUUUGUUUUCCUUCCAUUUAGUAUAUUUUGUAAAUGAGCACUUAAAAAUGUAUUACAAAUUUACUGUAAUCUUGUCAAAUAUGCAUUGCACUUAUCAGAUGCCAUACGGUAAUGCAUGACAAUCAAACACAACGUCCUGCUGCCACAUACCCACAACCACGUGUUUGCUGUGAUAUUUUAGACAUGUGUGUGACUGUGUGCGUGUGUAUGUGUGUGGGCACGUGCGCGUGCAAGACUGUGUGUGUGGGCACAUGCAUCCGCGCCUGUAUGCGUGCAUGGCGUGCAUUUGAAUACGUGUUCAUACGAAUGUGUUUGUAUACGAAAGCACGCGCGUGCGCGAGAGUGUGUGUGUGUGUGUGUGGAUGCUAGCGUGUGCGCGUAUGCAUGCGUGUGAGCGCCGCCGUGCAUGUGCUUCUUGACACGCUUGCCUCGCACAUUUCAGUUGACACCUCCGUCUCUCUCUUCUAUUUUUUUCCUAUUGAAGCCGUUUGGAAUCAAACGUCCGACAGCAAUCUACAUCAAUCACUCUCUCAUCGGGCAGAUUUUCUGCCUGCCUGAAUCGGGCUGGUUGGAUGGACGGGUGUGUGUGUGUGUGUGUGUGCGUGCUCGCGUGCGUGUGUGUGUGUAUGAGGGGGGGGUGGGGUGUCCUACAGGGAGACGCUUGCACACAUGGACCACUUGCAGACGAGCAGACUUUUUUUUUUUUUUUCUGUUAAAAUGCCGCAACAGACUUCCACAUCGGAAAAACACGGAUAUUCCGAGGAAAUACCCCAUGACGGAGUUCCACAUAACCCGACCUGCCGACACAACGCUGCUGGUUCCUUAGCACAACAUUCGGACGAGCGAGUUGUACUGCAAGUGUCUCCAUUUAAAAGGCCGCUCCCACACACACCCUUAUAGCUUUGUUCUGGCCUUCUGGGUGCAUUUAUUUAUUCUGAAUAUUGUGUAAAUAGUUAUGCUACAUUAUAUAUGAUUUGAUGAUUCGUAUUAUUAUGGUUUGUUUUAUUGUUUGUGUGCCUUUAGUGCUGUACAGACCUUUCGAACGAGAAGUUGUAAAUUGAUAGAAAAAAACAAAUAAAUUGAAUACUACUUAUGGACAUUGGGGUGGGACCCCCAACUG